AUGCAGCUGAGUCAGGGUAUCCAACACGAUACCCAACCACCACCCUCACCCUCACUUACACCUUCACCCACACCCUCACCCCACCCCACACCCUCACCCUCACCCUCACCCUCACCCACACCCUCAUCCACACCCUCAUCCACACCCUCACCUACAUCCUCACCCUCACCCUCACCCUCACCCACACCCUCAUCCACACCGUCACCCACACCCUCAUCCACACCCUCACCUACACCCUCACCCUCACCUUCACCCUCACCCACACCCUCACCUUCACUUACACCCUAA